CCCUGAUGCAAUCGGCUAAUCGCAGAACAUGUGCAAAGUUGAAUCUGAAGUAGGACACAAAAAGAUAAGAAAAACUGAUUUGGAGUAUAACAGUAAUCACAUUAUACCGUUGCAUUGUUGUGCUUUUAAAUAUCCGAAACUAUAAACGUGUCGUCUAUUAAGAAAAAUAACAUUGUUCUGUGAAUAUAAAAACGUUAAAAAUAAUACCUAUUGCAAGUGUUGAGUGACUGACACUUGUUAGUAAGUAACUUAAAUCAUUCAAACAGUAAUUACUGUGAAAGACACUAUUGAUGAAUCUAAUAGUUUAGAAUUGUAAUAACUAAUAGUUCAUUGUUUCAUAAAUGAGAACAAUCAUUUGAUUAUACACCAUGAACUCCAAUUAUGAAGAUAUGGAGGAACAACUCAAGGAACAAUUCUUUUAUCGCCGGGAACAAGAAGAAUUCGUUUCGAAUCAUGUGGGUUCGAAUCCACGCGAUAUCGUGUUGGUGAUUUUACCCAACAUAUGCAGCAUUAUUCUGGUGGCUACGAGUAUGGGAUUAAUUGGAAAAUAUUUGAAUCAAUACCUGAGAAUUCUGUUAGAGUUAUUACUUGUCAUUGUACCAUGUGUUUUAUGCUGUACUAUCUUGUCGGAGCAUGCAAUAUCAGUUUCUUCAGCAAUGAUACUUUUAUCUAUUGGCAACGUGAUUCUCAUGGCCAUGAAUUUUAAUACAUUUGGAAUCUUCAAAGGGAAUUUGAAACCUUUGAACAGCAGAAGACAUCCUUUUAUUACAAAUUUUCGAUCAGUGACUAAUGUUAUAUCGAUAGCUUGUAUCCUUGCAGUGGACUUCAAAAUAUUCCCACGUAGAUUUGUAAAGACAGAAAUUUAUGGUUACAGUUUGAUGGAUACUGGUGUUGGAUUAUUUAUGCUAGCUAAUGCAUUAGUUGAUCCUGAAGCAAGAAAUGUUCAAGUAUACAGAGCAUCAGAAAGUGUUUACAAGACUCUUCGAAGAAAUCUUCAACAAUCUGUUAAGGGAUCAGCUGCUCUUUUAAUUCUUGCUUAUGGAAGAUAUCUUGCUGUUGAACUAAUUGGCUAUCAGAGACAUGUGUCUGAAUAUGGUAUACAUUGGAAUUUUUUUGGGACACUUGCAUUAGUGCGAAUAUUAGUCAGUAUAAUAUCAAGCAUAGUUAGUGCACAAUACUCCUUACUUACUGGUAUUUUGGUAUUGACAAUGCAUGAGUAUGCAUUAAGUGGGAAAGAAUUGAAAAUUUGGAUACUGAGUGAUGGUCCUAGGAAUAACUUCUUCUCAGCAAAUCGAGAAGGAUUGUUGGCCAUUCCUGGCUAUGUUGCAUUAUACUUUUUUGGAAUUGCUGUGGGUAGAAUCAUUCACUCCACUUAUAAGCGGAAUUCCAACGAUUCAGUUGACCUUUCUGUUAAAGUUUUUGGUUUCAACAUAGAAUUUGCUAUUAAUAAUUCUAUGGUUCUCUGUAUUAAGCUAUCAGUAUUCACUAUUCAAGCAUGUACAGCACUGCUACUGUGCGAUUCAUAUUUCCAAGUGUCCCGACGCCUUGCAAAUUCUGGAUAUUGUGUCUGGAUCCUUACUCUUGGUGUAGCUAUGCUAAGUUUUCUUAUUCUAGUAGACGUGUUUAUAGACAUUUUAGUUGGCGCAACUGUUAGUGCUUACAGGGGACAGUAUAAGGGAAGUGAUGUGAGAAGUGAAAUCGAUUCCAAAAUGGAAGUGAUGCCAGUGAGAAAUGUACCAGAAGUUUUUGAAGCUGUGAAUUACAAUGGACUGUUUUUCUUUAUUCUUGGCAAUUUAAUGACUGGUGGUGUGAAUUUAAUCACGAAAACUCUCUAUGUCAAUGACAUUUCGGCGAUUCAAAUUCUCAUCCUUUAUAUGUUUAUUAAUCUACUCGUCGUAACUGUCCUUUAUAAAUACAAAAUUCAAAUAAAAUUCUAAUGGAAUGAA